CGUCUCCUCGCCUUCCUCGGCUUCGGGGUCCGCGCAGCCCGCCGGCGCCCGGGGAAGGGGCUGGGGCCUGGCCUGCCUCAGCCUCCCUCCGGGAAGAGCGCGGGCAUCUGAGCUCAGGCCGCACAGACCCUGUGCCAGGCGCCGGCUCGGCCGGUGGGGGUCCAGUGGGCGCGGUGGAGCCCAGGCUUGAGGAUGCCCCGCUAGGCCCUGGGAAGGCUGAGGAUGCUGCGCUGAGCGAGAUGGAGGGGGGCUGAGGACGCUCCGCUAGGCCAGGAGGAGGGGGCCGAGAAUGCCCCCGGGCGGGGUGAGCCGCGUGUGCUCUGCACCAGCCCCAGCUCCUGCCCUUGCAGCGCUUUCUGCAGUGGGGGCAGGACGCCUGGCGCACGUCGGCUUCCUGGGGAGGGGUCACUGUGCUGUUUUGUCCCUGGGACGACGCUCCGUAACCCUAACGGGGAUACUGCAGACUCAAGCUUGCCCUCUGCCCCCACGCAGCUGCUGGGCACCCCUGAGGAGUGGUGGCACCUGCGGGGUUUCAGGGAUGGCCCUGGGGAAGAUGGAGUCCUCGGGUCUGGCCAGGCAGAACCACCUGUGCCGCGCGGCCCAUCAGGGAUGGGUGGGAAAGGGGUGGUCCCCUGGUCCAGCACCGGCCCAACCCCGCCCUCCUCCCCCUGGCCCCAGCCGGAAGUCCUCCGACCUUGUCCUGCCCUGGCAGCAUCCUGGCCCCCACUGUCUCGGUUUUCCUGUUUUUCAUUACGGACAGAUCUGAAGGAAACAGGCUGCAGUGCAGAGCCAGUGGGCCGAGGGGCAGCGGGCCUGGCCUGGAGCGAGGACCUGCAGAGUCCUGCCUCUCUCUGUCCCUAGGCUGUGGCUCUGGGUCCCCCCCUCCCCAGCUCCUCCUGGGGUGGCCUUCCAGUGCCCCCGAGUCAGGGAAGCUGGGUAGCACCCCCCCCCGCUGGGCCUGGUCCCGGUCCCCCAGGAUGCAGUGGCCCCAUUUCAUGGAGGAGCUGGUAACCAGGGCAGACUGGGUGUGACCAGCAGGGAGGUCGUUGGAGGGGAGGCUGGCCUGUCCCUUGUCAGCUGCCCGGAGGCUGGAGGCCACAGGAGGUGCUCUAUACCAGCAGGGGGGCUCUUGUGGGGGUAGCUGACCUUCAACCCGCCCAGGCCCUGGGCCAUUCCGUGUCCCUGUGUCCUGGGUCAGGGUGCCUGAGCCCCUCCCACAGGCUGCAAUACAAGAGGGUGUGGGGUAGAGGAGCAAGCUGGCACCCAGCUGUCCCUGGCUGUCACCCUCGGAGAGCUUGCUUGGAUUCAGGGGUCCUGGAAUCCUCACACCCCCUGCUCCCACCUGCCAGCUGGGAAAACUGAGGCAGAGGGCCUGCUGAUGACAGGCCAAGCCCAGGCAUCUCAUGCAGGUGACAGGCUCCUUUCCCUGGCAUGUGCUGAAGUGCUUCCCUGCGAAGGCUAGUGGCACUGAUGGUGUGGGUGGACCCGUCAAGGGUCUGUCACUUGCCCACAGACGCAUGAGUGUGCUACCGUAGCAAUGAUGUUCAAGGCUGCAGACCCCUCCCAGGGUGUGAUGGGGGAGCCCUGGCAUCCCACCUCGUGGAAGGGCGAGGCCCAGGCCCCAGCCUGGCAGCUCACCUGGCCUCUCCUGGGGGCCGGCUCCCAGGCCUCAGGGUCAGGUUCGUGGUGCUGGUCUGGCUGAGCGUCUUCGCGGGCAGCUGGCUGGUGUAUGUGCACUACUCGUCCUACUCUGAGCUCUGCCGUGGCCAUGUCUGCCAGGUGGUCAUUGUAAGUGGGGGGCCUCGGGCUGGAGGUGGACUGGGGUGCAGCAGAAGAGGGGCUCCACAGGUGCCAGGGAGGGUGUCUCACCCAGCCUGAGGAAGUCCCUGCCCUGCAGGGGCCCCCACCACCCUCCUGGGGCCAAGCCGGGGGUGCCACGGUCCUGGGAGGAUGCGUGUUAGGGUGCGUGUGUGUGUGUGCCUGGGAGUGCGAGCUCACAGGCGUUUGGGUGCGUGUGAGCAAGUAGUCACUCCCUGCUUCUUGGGGUCCCCUGUGGCAAGGGGAACUGUUCCGGAAGUGAAGCCUGUCUUGGGGCCCUGGGCCAUGGCUUCCCUCCCAGAGGAGGCCCUGCCACCACCUGCUGCCGUGUGGGCCAGGCCAGUGGCACUCAGGCUGGGUACUACAUGCCCUGGCCGGUUCUGCAGAGGGCGAAACAGACUGGGGAUACGGGACUUGCCGAGGGACCUGACGGGCAGCAGGCGUCCUGGAGGGCUGAGCACACCACUGCUGCACAGGCUGUGCCUGCCCCUCCCGGCCCUGGAGAAGGGAGGUGGCAGCCCCAGACAAGGGUGGGGUCCCCUGGGGGCCCAGGCCUGGUGCGCUGCCUCCCCCCAGCUGCUGUGUGACUGACCAGCAGUGCUGCCUCUCCGGUGCCCGCCUGGGCCGGGCCCACAGCCCUGUCACUGUGCCAGUCUGGGGUCAGAGCAGACCCCUUAUGGAGGUGGCAGACCGCACAUGUGCUUUGCCUGUUCCCUGUCAAUCGGGACGAGGACUGUCAUUCAGGCUGCCCUGCCACAGGACAGAUGCUGCCCUCAGGGCUCAGGGGGCUGGGCACACCACCUCUGGUUGGCCCUGCUGCUGCCUGCCCUGGGAUGGUGGCAUUCGUUACCUCCCCUCCCCGCCUUCCUCCACUUCAACCGCCCGGCUCCAUGGUAACUGAAAUGUAUGUCCAGGAGUGCACGCCAACCCAGAUGGCUCUGAGGCCCUGUCCAAGGCAGGCUGGGCUGAUCUGAUUACUGCUGAACAUGGUUCCCUGGGCCUCUGGCUAAUAAGGUGGCCUGGGGCAGGCAUGGCAGGAGGGACAGGCGGGGGAGUGGUCACCCGGCCCCAUGUGAUGUUUUCUGAGCUGACAGUGACCAGCAGCUCAGCUGUGAAGGGCAUGGGGGGUGGCAGUGAGGCCUGGCUCAUCCUAUGCAUGGGACGGAAGAUCAGGGCCAGGUCCUCCUUGUGGGCUGGGCCAAGACAGAUGCCCAGGCCCGGGAGUGGGCACUGCUCAGGAUGGAGCAGUUUUGAGGGGCCCCAAAACCGGGAAUCCAGGGGCCAGCCAGGAUGCUCCUAGGGACUUUGUGGAGGAAAGAGGAAGUGGUUUACACCAGCAGAGUCCAUGUGGCUUGUCCGACCUGUCCAGCUGCCUGCCUGAGCACUGCUAGCCCUGGGGCCUGGCCUGGGGUUGCCCAGGUAUUUCUGACCCUGGCCUUUGGCCUCUGAGCAGAGGCCUCAGUUCUCGAGUUCUGCUGGGGACCUGCUGUCAGUGGCCAUGACAGCAGCCUCCAUGCAUGCCAGGACAUGGGUGCUGCCAGGGGCAGGGUGCCAGCCAUCACGAGGCAGUGGGAACUAGCAUGGUUGAGGCCUCAGAACCAGGUCCUGCGCAGCUGACAGGCACAACAGGAACUUCAGCCCUGGAUGCCCAACCUGGUGGCCUCAUUGCUCUGUGGCACACCCUCCUCCCAGGGGCCCUGCUGGGCCUUGGACCCUGGGGAUCUGUGAGGGUGGGGUCGCAGCCACUAGCCUGUGCCCUCGCCACACCCUGGCCCCCAUGUCCCCAGUGUGACCAGUACCGCAAGGGCAUCAUCUCAGGCUCCAUCUGCCGCGACCUGUGUGAGCUGCACACGGUGGAGUGGCGGACCUGCCUGUCCCCAGCCCCGGGCCAGCAGGUGUACAGCGGGCUGUGGCAGGACAAGGAGGUGACCAUCAAGUGCGGCAUCGAGGAAGCCCUGAAUGCCCAGGCCCGGCCAGAGGUGGCUCCGCGGCGGGAGCUGGUGCUGUUUGACAAGCCUACUCGGGGCACAUCCAUCAAGGAGUUCCGGGAGAUGACCCUCAGCUUCCUCAAGGUCAGGUUGUGUCCCCGGCCUGAGCGGGCCUCCCUCCACUGUGCGGCAGGACGUGGUGGGGAAAAGGACUCACUGUCCAGGUGUCCAGGCAGCAGCGGGGCCUCUCUGGGGCCCCCAUAUACUCAGAGGCGAACCUGGGAGACCUGCCCUCUCUGCCUGCACUGGUUGGCCAGGUCCUGCUCAUGGCCGACUUCAACAAGGACAGCCGUGUGUCCCUGGCUGAAGCCAAGUCCGUGUGGGCCCUGCUGCAGCGCAACGAGUUCCUGCUGCUGCUGUCCCUGCAGGAGAAGGAGCACGCCUCUCGGCUGCUGGGCUGCUGUGGGGACCUCUACCUCACAGAGGGUGUCCCUCAUGGCUCCUGGCCUGGGGCCACGCUGCCCCCGCUGCUGCGCCCACUGCUGCCACCCGCGCUGCACAGGGCUCUGCAGCAGUGGUUCGGGCCUGCGUGGCCCUGGCGUGCUAAGAUCGCCAUUGGCCUGCUGGAAUUCGUGGAGGAGCUCUUCCACGGUGCCUAUGGGACCUUCUACAUGUGUGAGACCACGCUGGCCAACGUGGGCUACACGGCCACCUACGACUUCAAGAUGGCCGACCUGCAGCAGGUGGCGCCCGAGGCCACCGUGCGCCGCUUCCUGCAGGGCCGUCACUGCGAGCAGAGUGCUGACUGCACCUACGGGCGUGACUGCAGGGCCCCCUGCGACCGGCUCAUGCGACAGUGCAAGGGCGACCUCAUCCAGCCCAACCUGGCCAAGGUGUGCGAGCUGCUGCGGGACUACCUGCUGCCCGGGGCGCCCUCCGGCCUGCGCCAGGAGCUGGCCAAGCAGCUGCGCACCUGCACCACGCUCAGCGGGCUGGCCAGCCAGGUGGAGGCCCACCACUCGCUGGUGCUCAGCCACCUCAAGACGCUGCUCUGGAGGGAGAUCUCCAACACCAAGUACUCCUAGGGGCGCUGCACCUGAGGGCCCCACUGCUCUCUGGGCUCCUUCACCCUAGACUGACCACUGAGCUCCUCCUCCAUGGGAAAGGCCAGAGCCAGAGGGCAGGAGGGAGGGACACUGCCAGUCCUAAGAACACGAUAUAAAUAAAUGGCUUUGGUGUGAUGCCUGGGCA